UUAAGUGACGCGUAACCUAGAAAUAUUUAAAUUGUGUUUGUUUUGAAUUUUCAAAAUAUAUAUAUAUAUUAAUAUAUAUAAAGUAUUUUGUUUGAAAAAUAUUUAAACAGUAUUUAAAAAAUAUAAUAAUGUCUAAAGGAAAAGUUAUUGAGAAUCCAGAAGUGCCAGGUUUUGAACGAAUUCUGCCACCGCCGCCGAUUAUUUUAUCAUCAGAAAUUACAGUGGAUCCUUCAGUUCUGACAGCACCACCUCCACCACCACCACCAUUACCGUCACCGUCACCAGCAGCUAUUGAUCCGAGUGUGAUAACGUCGCCACCACCUCCACCGGCACCAGUACCAGCGCCAGUACCAGGUCCUGGACCUGUUCCUGCUCCUGGAGCAAUGCAGCCGCUGAUGAAUUCAUAUUAUGCUAAUCCCAUUCCACCUCAGUCUGUUCCCUGGUGGAUUCCUACGGAAGCCGACACCCAGGACACGUAUCCAUGGUACGCUGAUCACAAUCCGCGAGCAGCUUUUAUCCAAACAGAAAAACCUAAACCAAAAGUACAAAAACGUAAACAUGAUGUCAUUGAUCCUGUUCAAGAUGCUGAAAAAGUUGCGGCUGCUCAGCGUGAAUUGACAUCAUUAAUGAAACCACUUAAAUGCGAUCUUUGCAAUGCCGUUAUGAAUUCAACGCUGCAGGCUAAAUUACAUUAUGAUGGUAAACCUCAUCAGAAAAAAGUAUCCAUGUACCUUAACCAGAGUGUAAAGAGGAUUAAAAGUGACUCUGGGACAGUCAAUACCGUUACCAAUAAUGACUGGGACAGUUACUGCGAUGUAUGUAAGACCUGGUUUACGUCGCAAACUGACGCAGCUCAGCAUUACGCUGGAAAAAAACACAUAAGAGCGACAACUGGAGCUUCUAAACACAAGACGCACAAAAAAAAUUCAAACCAAGUCCCGGUGGAUCCGACUGGUAGAUUUGGAAUUGGAACGGGUUUCCAUGGGAACAACAGCGUUCCGGUUGCUCCAGUCAUAGUGCCGCCGGUAGCACCUCCAGUGGCGCCUCCAGUAAUUCCAGUAGCGGCCCCGAUAGUCCAGGUCGCACCUGUUCCGCCCGUGCCAGCUGUUAGCGAGAUUGGUGUAGGAUCACCGGGCGUUGCUGGACUCGAGGGAUUCGCACCUGGAGCAGCGAGUUACGGUAUGGCUUUACGUUGUGACUUGUGUGGAGUCUCGGCAAAUCGACUGGAACAGCUGGAGACUCAUCGACGUGGUGCUCGGCAUCUUAAAAUGAUGCGGAUGAGUGGUCUGGCACCUCCAGAAUCCAUGCAAGAACCCACGACAAUCGACUAUUCGAUUUAUCGUACGCCUUCUGGUUCUUACUACUGUGCGCCGUGCAACAAGUCGUUCACAUCGGAAAAUAGCUUUGGGCAACAUGUGGAAAGUAAAAAACACAAAAACCAAGUAAACAUAAAAACACAGUGCAAUCAAACAACGACUGGUAAUAAAAAAGACAAAAAGAAAAAAAAAAAACAAAUAAAUAAAUUGUAAAUUUAUAAAUUUUAUAAAUUUCUUAAUAAAUUUUUCAUUCUUAAAUUUGUUAUAAAUAUUG